AUGUCUCUUCUCCGUACCGCCAUCCGCCCUGCUGCGCGUCUCCGUCUCGCUGCCCCCAUGGUCACCGUCACCGCUCUCCGUCACAUUUCCUUCAAGCCCAUUUACACCGCAGAGUCCACCGUCAAGGGUGCCAGAAACGGACACCUUACGACCAAGAGCGGGAGCUUGGAUGUGAAGCUGGACAUGCCCAAGGAGUUCGGCACCAAGGGCGGCCCAGGAACCAACCCCGAGGAACUGCUCGGAGGUGGCUACGCGGCUUGUUUCGGUGGAGCCCUCGGCGUAGCGACUAACGAGCUCAAAAUCAAGCUGGCCCCCGAGACCACCAUCACGGCCCUGAUCAGCAUCGGCCCCAAACCCAAGGGGUUCCAGCUCGCUGCCGAGUUGCGUGUCGCCAAGUCUGGAUUGGAGGGUGCUGAUUUCGAUAAGGCUGUUAAGCUUGCUCAUGAGAUCUGUCCCUUUACACAUGCGCUCCAGAACAACAUUACGAUCAACACUGUCAAGGUCUAA